GUUGUUGACGGCUGUGUGUUGUUCCUCCAACUCUCUCAGGACCCUGUUGAGUCGCUGACUGAUGAGGUCAUCGCCCAGCAGAUGGACGAGGACAUGGAGUUGGAGAGGCAGGUCCACGAGGACGAGGAGUUGGAGAGGCAGGUCCACGAGGACGAGGAGUUUGCCAAGACGCUGGCCAUGUUGGACCAGCAACCACACGCCAAGAAGGCUCGUAAAUACUCUGGUGAGGAUCUGGGGUCAGCCAACAAAAGUAGCGCUAACUCCUCCCACAGCAGCACUACCAGCCAAUCACAGUCCAAUGGGCGGGACCACAACCAGGACGUGAUCGGUCCGUCCCCUGAAAAGGUCCCCCCUCUUGUUAAGACCAGUUCCAAACUGUCCAUGAUGAAGAAAAGGGAGGAGGAAGAGGAAGGAGGAGGCAAGACAAAUCUGAGCAUCAAUGCGUCCGUCUCUCCCAAAAAGGAGUUCCUAACCCCUUCGAGCACAGACAGGAAGUCCAAGCUCAAAACAGGAAGCGUAACCAUGGUGACCACACCCACGACUCUUAAAACCUCCCCCAAGAAAGAGGUGAAACUUUUUAAAUCAACAGUUAUCGUUCAAGGAGCAGAGAACUGCCUGGAGGGAUGUGUGUUUGUGAUCUCUGGCGUGUUGAGAGUAUGGAACGGAGGACGCUAGAAAGUGCUGAUAGAGCGUUAUGGAGGGAAGGUGACCGGUAACAUCAGCAGGACAACAUACCUGGUGAUGGGCAGAGAUGGAGGAGCCGCCAAGACUGAGAAGGCGGAGGGGUUUGGAACUAAGAUCCUGGAUGAGGAUGGUCUGUUGGAGUUCAUCAGAAGAACACCAGGGAAGAAAUCCAAGUACCUGAUUGCUGCCGAGGCAGAGAACAAGGGAUUUAAGAGCAGAACCCCGGACACCAAGACCACCUCCCGCACCCCCAAACAGUCCCCCAAAACUCGCUCCAUGACCCCAGCCCCUCCAAACCUGGCUCGCGUGACCCUCCCAGGGAGGGGUACAGGUUCAGGGGUCAAACGAGGGCUGGACUUGGGGGGUAAGAGCCAUUCAUCUUCCUCCUCUGCCACUGUGUCUUUGCCCUCAUUCGCGGGUGAAGAUUUCAGUCUGCUGUGGGUGGAUAAGUACCGCCCCCAGAAUCUGAAGGCUGUGAUUGGUCAGCAGGGAGACCAGAGCCAAGCCAAUAAGUUGCUUCGCUGGCUGAAGAACUGGCACACCCACCAUGCAGUGGGAGGGGCUAAACCAGCAGGGAGAGGGUUUGGUAAGUUCACCAGUACUAAGGAUAAUGGUUCAAGCUUCAAGGCAGCCCUGUUAUCUGGACCUCCUGGCGUGGGCAAGACCACCACAGCUGCCUUGGUCUGUGAGGAGCUGGGCUACAGCUAUGUAGAGAUGAAUGCCAGCUGUACUCGCAGUAAGAACAGUCUGAAACAGGUGAUCGCUGAGUCUCUGAACAACACCAGUAUCAACAACUUCUACACAGGUUCGUCUCAGACAGUCAGUAGUAAACAUGUUCUCAUCAUGGAUGAGAUUGAUGGCAUGGCCGGCAACGAAGACCGCGGAGGAAUACAGGAGAUGAUCGGUCUGAUUAAACAGUCCAGGAUCCCCAUCAUCUGUAUGUGUAACGACCGUAAUCACCAGAAGAUUCGCUCUCUGGCCAACUACUGCUUUGACCUGCGCUUCCAGAGACCACGACUGGAGCAGAUCAAGGGUGCUAUGAUGUCCAUUGCUUUCAAAGAGGGUCUGAAAGUCCCGCCUCCUGCCCUCAACGAGAUGAUCCUGGCAUCCAAUCAGGACAUCCGACAGGUCCUCCACAACCUGAGCAUGUGGUCGGCUAAGGACAAGGUCAUGACCUACGACCGGGUCAAAGAGGACGCCAACAACGCACGCAAGGACAUGAAGUUGGGUCCGUUCGACGUGUGUCGGAAGGUGUUCUCCAAGGGGGAGGAGUCAGGUCACAUGACGUUGAUUGACAAGUCGGACUUGUUCUUCCACGAUUACUCCCUGGCCCCCCUCUUCGUCCAGGAGAACUACAUACAUGUUAAACCUGCUGCUGCUGGUGGUGAUAUGAAGUCCCACCUGGUCCUCCUCAGUAAGACAGCUGAUUCUAUCUGUGAUGGAGACCUGGUGGACAGACAGAUACGUUCCAAACAGGCCUGGUCUCUACUGCCCACACAGGCCAUCUAUUCCAGUGUGUUACCAGGAGAGUUGAUGAGGGGUUAUAUGACCUCCUUCCCCUUGUUCCCCUCCUGGCUGGGAAAGUUCUCCUCCGGCAAUAAACACUCCCGGAUCAUUCAGGAGCUGGCCUCUCACAUGAGCCUCAGGACAUUAAGUAGCAGACAGGCAGUGAGCCUGGACUACCUUCCGUACCUCCGCAUGGCCCUGUUGUGUCCUCUUCAGAGGCAGGGGGCGGAGGGGGCCGGUCAGGCCGUCCAGCUGUUAGACGACUACCACCUGGUCAGAGAGGAUGUGGACAGCCUCAUGGAGAUCAGCCUCUGGGGGGGGCAGCCUGACCCCUACGCUAAACUAGACCCCAAGGUGAAAUCAGCGUUCACGAGGGCCUAUAACCGGGAGACCCACCUGACACCGUACUCCCUCCAACCAAUCAAGAAGGGCCGUCGUGGCGGGGGGGUGGAGACAGAACCAGGAGGAGAAGGGCAAGAGGAACAGCCUGAGGAAGAGGAGGAGGAAGAAGGUGUUGCAGCUGACGCCAUGAUCAAAUUGAAGAAGGCCAAACCCUCCAAGGAGCCCAAGAAGGAGAAGACAACAGCCGGGGAUUCUGGGAAGGGCAAAGGCAAAGGAAAGGGCAAAGCCAGGAAGUGACCCCUAACCUCUGAGACAACAUCUCUUCUCUGACAUUCCGAAGAACAAACCCCUAAACAGUUUGACCAUCACCUACCUGGUCUUAUCACCGUGGCGACCGGAGACAGAACCCUGGCUCUCUUCGUGGACCCCUUUAAACUUAGGAUGUGCAUCCCAAAGCGGACCCUAUUCCCUAUACAGUGCACUACUUUUGACCAGAGUCCCAUAGGGCCCUGGGUAUAAAGUAGUGCACUACCUUUGACCAGAGUCCCAUAGGGCCCUGGGUAUAAAGUAGUGCACUAAAUAGGGAAUAGGGUCCGCUUUGGGACUUUACUAUAUCUUGUUAGCGCUGUGGAUUUGUAAAGAUCUGAAUGAUAACUGUGUGUGUGUGUGUGUGUGUGUGUGUGCGUGUGUGUGUCAUGUAAAUAUGUACCUUGUAGUAUAUAAAGAUGCUGUUGCUUUCUACUGCUCAUCGUAGACGGGAAACCUUUCUGGUCUGAACCGUCGAGACCAGCAGAUGGAUCAGCGAACGGCAGAACAGUUCUGGGUUUUUGUUGUAAAGAUUUACACUGAUAAAUGACGGCUGUAUUUACGGUAUUGAUUUACACUGAUAAAUAACGGUUGUAUUUACGGUAUUGAUUUACGCUGAUAAAUAACGGCUGUAUUUACGGUAUUGAUUUACACUGAUAAAUGACGGCUGUAUUUACGGUAUUGAUUUACACUGAUAAAUGACGGCUGUAUUUACGGUAUUGAUUUACGCUGAUAAAUGACGGCUGUAUUUACGGUAUUGAUUUACACUGAUAAAUAACGGCUGUAUUUACGGUAUUGAUUUACGCUGAUAAAUAACGGCUGUAUUUACAGUAUUGAUUUACGCUGAUAAAUAACGGCUGUAUUUACGGUAUUGAUUUACGCUGAUAAAUAACGGCUGUAUUUACGGUAUUGAUUUACGCUGAUAAAUGACGGCUGUAUUUACGGUAUUGAUUUACACUGAUAAAUAACGGCUGUAUUUACGGUAUUGAUUUACACUGAUAAAUAACGGCUGUAUUUACGGUAUUGAUUUACACUGAUAAAUGACGGCUGUAUUUACGGUAUUGAUUUACACUGAUAAAUAACGGCUGUAUUUACGGUAUUGAUUUACACUGAUAAAUAACGGCUGUAUUUACGGUAUUGAUUUACACUGAUAAAUAACGGCUGUAUUUACGGUAUUGAUUUACACUGAUAAAUGACGGCUGUAUUUACGGUAUUGAUUUACACUGAUAAAUAACGGCUGUAUUUACGGUAUAUAUUUACACUGAUAAAUGACGGCUGUAUUUACGGUAUUGAUUUACACUGAUAAAUAACGGCUGUAUUUACGGUAUUGAUUUACACUGAUAAAUAACGGCUGUAUUUACGGUAUUGUUUACACUGAUAAAUAACGGCUGUAUUUACGGUAUUGAUUUACACUGAUAAAUAACGGCUGUAUUUACGGUAUUGAUUUACACUGAUAAAUAACGGCUGUAUUUACGGUAUUGAUUUACACUGAUAAAUAACGGCUGUAUUUACGGUAUUGAUUUACACUGAUAAAUAACGGCUGUAUUUACGGUA